GGCCACGAACACCAAAUCCACAGGAGCACAGUCGGGAAAUAACAAAAUUUCAGAGUCCGCCGCCGCCGCCUUACCCCGAGCAAUGGAGCUCUCCGUCGUGCCUUCCACCUCCCUCUCCCCGCGCCGCGCCCCUCCACUCCCGGCCAGGAGGGCGGCGCGGCGGCCGGCCUUCGCAUGCCGCUGCAGCUGCUCCCCGGGCGAGUCCCCCGGGGCCACCCGGCGGUGGUUCGCCUCCCUCCUCGCCGCCGCCGCAGUGGUGGGAGUUGGCGUGGCCGGAGGGGAAGCCGGCGCGGUGUCCACCAGCCGGAGGGCGGUAAGGACCUGGCGACCUUGUACUCUGCUACAGCAUUUCUCAAAGAUGGUGUCAGGAUUUGGUUGAUCUUGUGAAGUUGGGUUGAGAUGUCUGUGCCUUGUUUUCGUGUGUUUGGUUGAUUGAAUCGGCAGCUCAGGGCGUCCAAGAUUCCGGAGAGCGAGUUCACAACCCUGCCAAAUGGCCUCAAGUACUAUGACAUCAAGGUAGGAAGUGGGGCUCAAGCUGUUAAAGGAUCCCGUGUCGCGGUACAUUAUGUGGCCAAGUGGAAGGGCAUCACGUUCAUGACAAGCAGGCAGGGUCUCGGUGUUGGAGGUGGAACGCCAUAUGGAUUUGAUGUUGGCAAUUCUGAGAGAGGCAAUGUUUUAAAAGGACUGGAUCUUGGGGUUGAGGGUAUGAAAGUUGGUGGCCAGAGGUUGAUCAUCGUUCCUCCUGAACUGGCGUAUGGAAAGAAAGGUGUCCAAGAAAUUCCUCCAAAUGCAACCAUUGAGCUGGAUGUUGAGUUACUAUCAAUCAAGCAGAGUGCAUUUGGGACUCCUGUGAAGAUCGUCGAAGGAUAACUGUGCAUAGCAUUGUAAAGAGAAUGGUACAUAUUUGUGUGGAAAGUAGAGUGCUGCUUCGAAAAAAGGCUAGUUUACAAAGAUAUACUGGUGGUAUUGCAUUGAUAGUGCACUCGUGUAAGAUUUUGAACUCCAUUGAAAUAUAGAAUUCGUUUUCCUCUUAUAGGUGCUGAAAAUAAAUCAGCUAUUCCAAUUUCUAUAUUGCCUGUACUGCUUAGAAAAACCCUUGCCGUAAAUAUUUAGGUGGAAAGAAAAGUAUAAAAGGUUCGUAGCUCGAUAGCUAUGUGAUUGAUGAUUUGGGCUUCAAGUGGCAGUUUUGUGUUUUGAGUUAAGAAGGUACAUAGUAUGCAUUUGUGCAAAUACAGAAACAAGAAUAGGCAACUAGAUGUGUAAAGCAAAGGCCGAAAGGUAAGGACCUAAAUGGGCUGUCUUCAUCUAGGACACGCAAGCAAAAAGGUGGAUUUUACCCAUCACGCAAACCUGGCUUAUCUGUGGUGAGUUGGUCUGCUUUCUGUAUAAGCAUGUCCCUUUUCACUAGUUUUAUUACUAAUUCUAUUCUAUAAUCAGCCAUAACCACAAGGAGGGAAGCCUUGACUGGUAGAGAAGGUUCCAUGCUGCCAGCAGUAGAUGAUCCUUGGCAAUUUUUUUAAAAAAAAAAGAAGAAGAAGAAGAAGAGGGAAGCCUUUGCAUCUUCUGCAUGCAAAGUUUAUGCUUUCUUCUCUUAAUCAAGAAAUGGAACAAUACUAAUCUUGCUCUGAAAGAUAAAGAUGAGUUCCAUGUUGUUUAAAACUCUAGCUGUUAGUCUUUAUCUCAGAGGUAUAUUUAUGUGAAAAACAAGAUAAGAUGGUAUGGAAGAACCUCAACAUAUGCAUUUAUUUGUUCAAAAAAGAAGUCUGUGUGUUCUUGACCAAAGGUAGCUGGUAACGCAAAAUCCAUGGAUGGUUAAAUACCUGAACAAACUUGGCAUAGUUUAGCCCUGAAGGCAAAGCAAUGUAGGAACAACUUUGGGUUGGCAUACAUAUAGUACUUAAAAGGUUAUUCAACUGAGACUGAAGGAAUGAUGAAAUCUUUUCAAUGGAAAGUAAGAGGGCAGAGGGCAUCACGAAUCUCCUUCUGAAGAUAGUCUUUCCCUUAGCUUUUCCCCUGGCUGGUGCUUUUAUCUGUGACCUGAAAACAAACAGGGCAAAUAGGCACAGUAGUUACACAGACUCAUCUGAGAGUUCAUUCCAAUUGGACCAAUCAUCCGGUUCAAUCUGCAAGGAAGAGGAAGAGGAAGAAAUGGAGUCAACUCGUCGGGCAUCGCGAAGGUUGGCCCGAACAGAGAGUGCCUGCAGCACUGCAGGUAGGCUUAUGAUCAGUGAACUUGCAAGGCAGGCUUCGAAUGCCGAAGAAGUCAUGGUGGUAGAGGCCACUCAAAGUUCUUCAGAAGCUACAGCCAGCAAGCAGCUCCAGGAUGAUCAGAGGAUGGCGGCCGACGAGAUUGCCAGCCUGAAGAUCAUGGUGUCGGCCCUCGAAGACAGAGCCUGCAGCAUUGAGGCACAAUUCCACGAGUACUGCGACAUGAAGGAGCAGGAGUCGGCGUACCAGAAGAUGCAGAUCAUGUGCCUGGGCAUGAAGCUGGAGCUGCUGGAGUCCCAGAACCAGCGGCUCGAAGCAGCCGCUGCGGACAUCCGGGCGGCGGCCGAAGAGUUUGCGGCCAUGAAAGGCAAGCUCGACAUGCUGCAGAGCAAGUUCAAGAAGAUCGCCAAGAGAAGCAAGCAGGAUUCGGAUGCUUUUUGUGAGCAAAUCCUGGCUCUUGAUACCAAGCAGUCCCAGAUGGCCAGAAGGUGCGAGGAGUUCGAGCAGUGCAUGGAGGAGAUGAAGCAGCUGACGCUGCAGCUGCAGGAGCAAAAGGCAGCAGCAAACAAUGAGAACGUGGAGGUGGUCGUGGAGAGAAGCUUGCGGAACCUGUCGAGCGGGCGGGACCUGGUGGACGGGCUGGAGGCGCUCCGGGACCGGUGGGCCGCCGGCAUGGAGGAGAUGAUCUACUUGGGCUGGAUCACGGCGUGGCUGCAGCACGACCUCAUGCUCAUCGACGACGACGGCGGCAGCACCGCCUACGACGGCGACGAGGACGCCGGUGCCGUAGUCGGUGGCGGCGCCUACGACCACGACGGCCGCAAGGGCGGGCGCCCGCCGCCGGAGGAGGAGGAGGGGAAGAAAGGGGAGACGAUGGUGGCCGCGGCGGCGCCGAGCAACGAGGUGGAGCUGUGCAAGGCCGGGUCCGUGUCGUCGUCGUCGUCGUCCGGGUCGGCGGGCCGCCCGCGCCGCAGCGUGGAGGUGGAGCCGCAGGCGUCGUCGUGCUUGGGGUUCGCGGCGGCGGGCGGGCGCAGCGGCGGCGGCGGGGACGGUGGCGGGUGGAGCAUCGGGCGGCCGAGGCUGCUCCGGAAGCUGCGCGGGUGGGCCGGGACGAAGGCCGGCGACAGGGGCAAGGCGCGGUGCAGGAUCGCGGGCCCCAGUUGUCAGAAAUGAAAUAAAUAAUCACAGCAGUUGGUCUCUGUGUAUACUACGUAUUUAAUUUGCUUGUGAAAAUUCGAGAAUGUUUAAAAAAUCGGGAAUGAAAAAUGAAAUGUGUUCUUCGAGAAGACGUGAGGAAUACGGUUAGAAUUGCAUGUGACGGUGAGAGAAAAAAAAAGUGGUUGAUUAAUUAGCGUGA